AACCAUACAGUUUAUGACUUGAACACCUUCAUCACAUUUUAUUAGAAAUACUGGUAAUAUCAGAUAUCGGAUCAAAUUGAAAAGCUGUGGCACCGGGACGUUUUUACAAGUGCACGGUGUUUACUCAACCAAUCACGUUCGAGUUUGGAGAGAGGGGGUAUUUCGCCCUGACGUUAGACUAACAUUUAGCUUUAACCAUAGACUGGAUCUAAAAAAAAACGUAACCUCUAUAAAAUGUACGCCCCUUACAAAUGCAGACCAUCGUGUGAUACUACAAAUUGUUAAGGUCGUUCAAGAUGCUUGCUGAUUAAAGUUGACUGGAAAUCUUGUUAAUCCAGGCCAUCAUUGUCAGCUAACGUUAGCUCCCUUCCUGGUGAGCAACCCGAAAGAGCUGUCAACCAGUUUAGCGGUUAGAAACAUUAUUAAGGGUUUGGUAGAGCCAUGUCAGAUGAAAAUACACAGUUCUGUGGCAAUUGCAAACAUGAUAUUCCUGAGGCAAAUUUUACUACCCAUGAGAUUCACUGUCGAAGAAACAUUGCACUGUGUGAUGUAUGCCAGGAGCCGGUGCCCAGGUCAGACCUGCAGGAGCACAAACAGCAGGAGCAUACACAGAUUACAUGCAAGUGUGGUUUGAAGAUUGAGAAGAAUCAUGUUGAUGUACACCAGAGCUCUGAAUGUUCUCAGCGGCUGGUCCCGUGCCAAUACUGUGAACUGGAGAUUGCUUUCAGUCAGUCCAAAGAACAUGAGGAUUAUUGCGGUACACGCACUGAGCCCUGCUCAAACUGCAAGUGCAAUGUAAUGUUGAGGGAACAAGGUGUGCAUCCAGUCUUAUGUGCAAGCCUCACACCACCCCAAGAGAGGAACAAUAGCCGGACAAGUCGCAGUUCAGUAGAACCGCAGUCUCCGGGACCAUGGUUUGAAGCCCAUUCCAUCCGAAACCUUCUAGGAGCCCAAGAGAGAGGCCCAAAGAAUAAUAACAUCAGUGCAGCAGAGCAACAGGGAUUUCCCCACCCAUUUGAUACCAGAGUUUAUAACACUUCAGGGGGACCUCAAGGAUCAGGAGACUGGAAGAAUUCUGCCCCUAGAAAUACAUUUAGCCACAUGCUGGAGCAGAGGGAUUUUCUGACCAGCAGCAGCAGCAGCAGUACAUGGCCUCAUAGUGAGCUCACCCUUGAUGAGGAUUCAUCAGGCCUGGACUACAUGUUGGCUCUCAGCCUGCAGAGUGAUGGAGAAUCUGUGGCUGGAGGUGUAGAGGGCAACGUGUGGAGUGGUAUCUGGGACCACAAGUUUGGGAAGACAUUUAACACCUCUGUAAACUCUUCACUCUCUCUGCCCAACAACAACUACCCACAUUUCACUACCAGCACAAGUACAGUCCAGGAACAUGAUCAAACAGAUACCAUGCUGCCUUGUGAGUUUUGCGAAGAGCUGUUUCCUGAAGAGGACCUCAUUUUGCAUCAGACUGGGUGCAGCCCCGCCUCUGCCUUUGCGUCCUAUAGCAAGCAUCCCACGUCUCCACCUAAAGAGGACCGGAUGAGCAGGAACGCAUCAGGGCUGAUGCACAAUGUCCCUGACACACUCGCUUCAAACAUCCCCACUUUCCAUCGGUCGGUCUCCCCGGCCUCCUAUAGUCCUCCAGCCAGUCCACUAGAGGGCGAUGUGGUUAUUCCAUGCGAAUUCUGUGGCAUUGCUCUAGAAGAGGCUGUUGUCUUUCACCAUCAGGACAAAUGUGACAUGCGUCCUCAGACUGCUCAUCCACUGAAUAAUCUAACAAGAACAUCUGUCAAAAAACCACUGAGUCCUGGAAAAGAGACCUUUAGCAGGAUGUCUCCAGAUUUUCAAGGAAGAGUAAAGCACCAAGGUAACUUAUUGGAGGAGGACUUUGGAUUUGACAGAGACACACCACAAGGACAAAACCCAAGGGAAUGGCAGAGAGGCUACAUUGGACGACCAAGUCAAAGGAAGACGUCCAACUGUGAUGUUUCUGUCACCACCAGACCACAGCAUGGCAGGGAAGCAGAGGGGGCUCAGUCGUCUUUCUGUGACACUGAGAAGUCUGGUUCUGUAUCUUUAAAGGGACUAGUACCAGAAAAUAAAGAAGGGAGAGGGAACAUAAGGAAUCCAAUGACAAAGAAACACAAUUCCAACUUCUGUGCGUUCAAGUUCAAGUUGCCCAAGAAGCAGAAUGAAGAGCAGGAGGAAGAGUGAGAGCAGGGACGUCUGGAGAAGUAGACAAACCAAAUCUCAUACUCUGCUUUUCAUUUAUCUUUUUGCACACUUUUGAAAAUGAAACACAUACCUAUCUAAUAAGUGCCUGUGUGAGUAUUAGUAUCUUGCAGUUUAUAUUUUCAUGAAUUCUACUAUUCAAGUGUAAGUAAGUAUUUCGGUUUAUUCAUGCAUUUUCUGCUUCAUUUCAAGAUUUGUUUCAAAGGUUUGUAUGUCUAACAUCUAGCCUUAACAGUUAAAUUAAAAAAUCAAUUUUUAUUUACAGUGAUUUGAAGUUUUUUAUUUUUUUUUUAACCGUACAAGUCGUGUCAUGGCUUAUUAAGAACAAUGAGAACAUCAAACACAGACACAUGACUUUGUCAGUGUAGAUUUGUCUAACUUAAUCUUUACCUUGUUGCUUUAGCCAAGGACAUUUUGUUUUCUCCCCUGUUUGCCAGUUCCUUCCUGGUUUCUGCAUCCUUAUGUAACCUAAAGCACUUUGAUAGAUUAUUUUGUUUAAAAAGGGCUUCAGGAACAGAUUUGAUAAAUUUAUGCAUCUUUGACCAAGAAAAAAAAAAAAACUGUAUUAUCGAACAUUUGUCUUUUUAUACUGUCUAUCAUUUGUCUUUAAUACUCCUCAGUAAUUUUGAUUUUUUUUUUUUUUUUUUUUUUUUUUUUAAAUCUUAACUAUAGAACUCUAUAUAUGUGCUGUUAUGAUGAUGGCUUUUGAAACAGUGUCUCCUGUCCAAUCUUCUUUUCAUGUAGUAUGAAAAAUGUUGUGUGCUGCUCCUCUAAAUAGAAUUUAAGAUUGAUAAGAAGUGUUUUGUGUGUAACAUAGGGUCCACCUUAGAAAUACAUAUAAAGUAGGCAAGCAUCAGAGGUUGAGAGUCUUGAGAAAUGGCAGAGCAUUUUCUUGAUUAAAACCUGAUCAACAAGCUCAACUAGUGAGGAGCAAGUAAUCAGUGAAAUCACCUGGUGUGGUGUUUUGAUGGACUGUAGGCACUCAUAGCACAUGGCUUACUACUCCUGUUUAAGAACAACUUUCUUGAUGCCCUUUGUCUUGUGUGGCUAUUAAAUGUUUAAUGAUAA